UUGACCCAAUUCAGUGUUCACAUGACACCAUACAUGAACCAGAUCUACGCUGUAAAGUGGGAAACAUGGCAGAGGCAGAACAACAAGCCGCCCCUGAAGGGGACUCACCGUCUGUUGAUUUCUCUGGAAUGUGGAAAUUGGACAGAAGUGAAAACUUCGAAGACUUUUUGAAGGAAAAUGGUGCCAACAUUGUAGCCAGAAAGAUGGCAGGAUUAUCCAAACCUACACAAGAAAUCAAACAAGAGGGGAACAAAUUUGUGAUCAAGACACAGGCUGGUUUUUGGACACAGGAGCAGUCCUUUACAGUGGGAGACAGUUUUCAGCAGGACCAUCAGGGCACGACGAUGACAUGUUCAACUCGUUGGGAAGGGAACAAACUUAUCACUGAUUUAGUUCCCAAUGAAGAGGGUAAAGGGAAGAAAACUAAGAAUACUAGAGAGUUGGUGGGUGACGAGUUAGUGCAGACCAUGGAAGUGGGAAAUGUGGUGUGCAAGAGAAUAUUCAAGAAACUGCCUCCAAGUUAAUUGUGCUGAACAAGACGCUAAUGAAAUAUAUAUUUUAUAGUAUAUAUUCCAAGCAUGUUAACUAAACGUUGACAAACUUUAAGUUAUUAGUUAAACAUUUUGGGCAUUAAUUCCAGUCAUUUGUAUAACAUAGCCCAUUUGACUGUUUUAUAAGAGCUAUAGUACAUCAUGUUUGUUUAAAACAAAAAGUGCAUAUAAUGUACAGUAAAACUGUCUUUGUGUAAAAGUGUUAUAAUAUAAGACAUGGCAUGUUAUCUGACCGCUUACAAUAAGCAGAAGAUACUGUAAACAAUGAAAGUGUAGACCUACUGAAAAAGGGACAUUUGCAAUACUGGUCAUUA